AUGCAAAUUCUGGUCUUAUGCUCGCUGGUGCUCAGUUGCUUUGCCACUCCGGUUGUGCAGCAGUCCCCCUCGGAACUGGCUAGCUAUGCUUACGCUGUCGAUUUAUCUGCACCUACCACUACCUCAGCCUUCCUCUGUAUGAGGCAGAGUCUUUACAACGUUGCCUUCAUCAGAGCUUACGUUCCCACUGGGCAAGGAUCUUUCGAUUCUUAUGCAUGCGCUAAUAUUCAAAAUGCUAAUGCAGCUGGACUUGGGACCGAGGUCUACAUGACACCACAACCAAACUCGGUCAAAACUGGGAGCCAGCAAUUUGAUGAGAUGUACGGAGGUCUCAAGAACGCCAACAUCAAUGUGCGAUCCGUCUGGAUCCAGGUUACUUCACCAGUGAACUGGUUUUCUACCUCUACCAGCAAUAUCAACUUCCUUAACUCUAUUCUCUCUAGGGCAAACCAAUACGGCCUUUCUAUCGGUAUCUACACUAGUAUCUACGAUUGGAACCAAAUUACUGGUGGAGCAACCAUCAACAAUGCCAUGCUCUGGUACUGGAACACCUAUGGUAGCGGUGUCUCGAAUGAGUCCCCACCCAACUACAGUGAUUUCCGAGCAUUCGGUGGAUGGAGCACACCCAGUGUCAAGCAAUUCGCUCAGGUCGAAUCUGUCUGUGGUGUGACCGUCAAUAGAGACAUCUAUACCGUCAAUGCUGCGCAGAAAGUCGCUGGAAUGGCCAAAUACGAGAAAUCUGAGCAGAUUAUCGUUGGUUCUCUUGGUCUUGGGAAUGCUGUCGCUGGCAUGGCCGAAAUCAAACAAUAAAAUUACUUGUAUGAUUUCUACUAAGUGAUGAAUAAUAAUUAUUAACACAUCCUAAGAACAUUUGCGU